AUGACUACUCCUACUGGGUACCAUUCCGGCAUGGACCAUGGACCAUGGAAAAAGAGGAAUGAAGGUAGUAGCUGGGGAAAAAGGCCGGUUCAGGGACACUACAUCAGGGACUGCCCAAUGCAAUUGGGUAGCAACAAGGCGACCAUACCGCCACCUCAGAGAAGUGAAGUUCCAGCACGGGGUAGCAACCUACGUCCUACUGCGCCUGCACGAGUUUUGGCAUUAACACCUGGAGAGGUUGAGGAUAGGAAUGAUGUGAUCACUGGAAUGACACAUUCUUUUGUUUCCACGGCUUACUCUAGAUUUUGCACUUUAGAAACUGAAAGGUUGAAGCACAAGUUAGUGGUCGCGACCCCAAUAGAAAAUUCAGUAGUUUGUAGUGAGAUUCUACCGGGAUGCCCUCUAUCUAUAGAGGGUAGACUGAUGCUAGAAGAUUUGUUAGUAUUCCACAUGGUUGGGUUUGAUGUGAUUUUUGGUAUGGGUUGGCUGGCUUCCUACCAUGCCAGUAUUGAUUGUUCUAAAAAAGAGGUGGUGUUCAGACCCCCAAAUGAAAGUGAAUUUCGAUUCACAGGGUCGAAAGUGAGAUUGGUUCCACCCAUCAUUUCUGUCAUUCAGAUACCUGUUGUGAGAGAUUAUCCAGAGGUCUUCCCUGAAGAUUUAUCUGGACCACCCGAGCGGGAGGUAGAGUUUGCUAUUGAACUAGUCCCAGGCAUGACACCUCUUUCGAAAGCACCUUACCGAAUGGUGCCGUCUGAAUUAGUGGAACUCAAGGAAUAA